AUGGCGACUCCACGGCGUCCUGUCCGCAUCGCUAAUUGCAGUGGAGAUCCUGGCUACCAUGUGUACAAUCAAGCCAAGCAUGGUCCCGUCGAUGUCAUAACAGGCGACUAUCUAGCAGAGAUCAACCUGGGCAACGAUGCCGAAGCAAUGUCGAAGGGCGAGCAUCCAGGCUGGAUCCCAACAGCUUGGGAUGGCCUCCAGCAGUCGAUCGAGCUGAUCGCAGAGAAGAAGAUCAAAGUCGUUAUCAACGGCGGAGCUCUCAACCCCAAGGGGCUUGCUAUGAAGACGCACGAACUCAUUCAAUCAAAGGAGCUUGGCUUGAAAGUCGCGUGGGUCGAAGGCGAUGAUUUAUUGCCCAGGAUCAAUGAGAUCCUGUCCAACAAAGACUCUCUUCCUCACCUGGACAAGGACAACAGCGACAUCAAGCUGUCGAAGGACACAGGUGUCUUCCUGACAGAUCGUGAUUGCAACCGUAUCCUGUCAGCGAAUGCCUACCUCGGCGGUCGCGCGAUUCGAAAAGGUCUGGAAGAAGGCGCCGAUAUCAUCAUCUGCGGACGGGUCGCGGACGCAUCUCCCGUAAUCGGUGCAGCAGCUUGGUGGCACGAUUGGGCUUCUGAUGACUUCGACGCCCUUGCUGGGGCGUUGAUAGCUGGUCAUUUGAUUGAAUGUUCUUCGUACAUCACAGGCGCCAAUUUCGCAGGUUUUGAUCAGUACCCGAUCGAAAAACUGCUCGACUUGGGCUUCGGUAUCGUAGAAGUGGACGGUCACGGAGACUGCGUCGUUACCAAACACGAAACACUCAACGGCUUCGUCACAGCAGACACGGUAAAGUGCCAGUUCCUAUAUGAACUGCAGGGAAAUAUCUACCUCAACUCAGAUGUCAAAGCCGACACAACCAAAAUCCUCAUCGAGGACGUCGGCAAAGAUCGCGUCAAGGUCAGUGGCAUCAAAGGCUAUCCUCCUCCACCAACAACAAAACUCGCAAUCUUCUACAAAGGAGGCUGGCAAUGCGAACUCCUCUUCAACGCCACAGGCUACAACACCGCUCGCAAAUUCCAACUUCUUGAAGCACAGCAUAGGAAGAAGCUCACGGACUGGGGCAUCAUCGACAAGUUCGAUAUCCUCGACUACCAAUGGGUCGGAAGACCAGAAUCGAAUCCUUCCUGCCAGCUCGCCUCAACGACCUACAUCCGUGUCUUCGCGCAAGCACAAGACAAAGACACGGUCGCCAAAGUCAUGUCCGCCUUCGCCACAAACGCAAUGCAACACUUUGCCGGCUUCCACUCUUCCCUCGACCAUCGCACGGCGGCACCAAAGGAGUUCCUGGCAUUCUAUCCUGGAAUCAUCCAGCAAAGUCAGCUAGACGAAGCAGUCUGCCUUAUCCCGCCAGACUCCAACCAGGAACCUCAGCGCCAUGUUGUAGGUCCACCAAGCAAAUCAGAAGCGCUGCAGCCUCGAGAAGAUUACGAGACCGCCAGGACAUCAAGCCUCGAGAGCUUCGGCUCGACUGUCAUGGCGCCGCUUGGUGACAUCGCCCUCGCCCGUUCCGGUGAUAAAGGAGCCAACGUCAAUCUCGGUAUCUUCGUGCAUACUGAUGAAGAGUGGGAUUGGCUACGCUCCUUCAUGACAAAGACACAGAUGAAGAAGAUGAUGGGGAGUGAUUGGCAGGACUGGUACCACAUUGAACGGGUCGAAAUGCCGAAUAUCAGAGCGGUGCAUUUCGUGAUAUACGGACCUCUCGGACGAGGAGUGACGAGCUCGAGAUUGCUGGAUGCGCUUGGGAAAGGAUUUGGAGAGUUUAUUAGGGACGUUCAUGUUCCGAUUCCGAGCAAGUUCUUGGAAAGACGGUAG